AUGUUCUUCACCUUGACAGACACACCAUUAGUCUGCCAGGGUCUCAAACGCAGUGAGCAGCGAGUGCCGCGCGAAUUUGCUGGCACCAUUCGUAUUGGGCUGGCCGACGUCAACUUUGCGGAAUUGGAAGCGGCGAUGAAUAGCCAGAAGGCUCGAAAAGCAAUGGGAAAUGGUCAAUCGACAUCACCCGGUGAGAUCGAUACGUGGACAAUGCUGGCAAUUUUAGGCGCAGCUUUCUUCUUCCUCAGCGUCCUCUACAUUACGAUGAUGUGCUAUAGGAGAAAGAGUUUGAGGAAUCAGGAUCAAUCUUUCAAGCUAUCAACCCUAUCCAUACCAGAACCAGCUAAUCGAAGUAUUUCAUUUGGUCAGAUGCCGAGCUGGAGAAGAGAAAGAGCUCAAGCUCGAAACGUCCGAGGACGACAAUUGCUUUUCGGAAAUCUUGAGAGAAUCAAAGAAGUUGAUGAAAGGUCCAGAAGCGAUCGAUCGAAUUCCGGGAGCCACCGUAACAGCCUCGUCUCAGCGGGACCUGAUUCUGUUCAUAGUCAAGAAAGCAUUCACAGUUAUCGUUCUGAAGGAGGAGUUCGGAAAAUGCCCAGUGAGCUUUCAAAUAACAGCCGUCGCAGCCGAUCUACCUCUCAAAUUCCUUCCGAGCAAAGUUAUGCAAUUGAUGUGCCUACAACUCGUUCUACGAGAAGUCACAGUUCCUGGGGUAGCGCCAUCGAAAAAUUACCAUUACAUAAAAGUGUGGCCAUCGAUAUGCCGGAUCCGUCAAAACGGCCUUCAAAAAGCCGGCGGCCAAUCUAUUCGGAAUUUGUA